UUCUGAGGAAAAUCGUAAGGACUGUUCACGCCUCAUAUUCCAUUAAAGAAAAAAAUGGAGGACGGAAAAGCGUGGAUUACAGGAACACAGUAAUGGACGAAAUGUUGAUACCGGGUUCUGCCAUGAAAAACAAAAACUUCCUGAGAAAUAGCAGGCUUUGUGUAGAAUGUGGCACUUUCGCUGGAAAAGUGAAAGUAAAAACUCUAGAAACGGGAUGCUAGAGUUCAACUGAGGAAUUUCAGAAAUACAGCAUGAUAAGAUUUUAAUCUGAUAGUGAUGAAGUUAUUGUAACGGUGUGACUAUAGCUCAUUCUCGGGGCGUGAUUGGAAACUGUUCUCAGGGUUUGAUGAGAGAUUAUACUGUGUUACCCUCAUAGAGAAGAGAACCCAGCAGAAUGUCCCGACCUAUGGGCGACAGCCAUAGGCGGUUCUUACAGACCAUGAUGAGUAACGGUGUAAUCAGUAGCGUUCAGGCCAAGGCACUUCUUCGCCAUUGUUGUGAGACUCAUGGAGCACAUUUUUUGCCAGAUAAGUUGGAGGAAUUCAUCGACGUGAUCAAUACGAAUCUUCAGCCCAUGUUCAUGCAGAUUAGAAAAGGCACGUCGGAAGAGGACGGAGCACAGCACUACGCCUUGGUUAACAUUGCUGAAACAGACAUCACGAGAAUGUCUUCUGAUUACGCUGAUAACGAGCUGGAACUGUUCAGGAAAACGAUGGAUCAGAUUUUCGACUCGGAGAACGGUACCGUCUCUUCCACUGAUCUCCUGAACUGUGCCGAUCGUCUCCAGACAAAGAAAAUGAAGAAGAAGGAAACGGAGCAUGUGCUGAAUAAGUUUGUCCAGGACAAAUGGUUAAAUGAGAAACAAGGCGAAUACACAUUAAGCGCUCGCUGUAUCAUGGAGAUGGAGCAGUAUAUACGUACAGUUUACCAGGACGUCGUUAGACUGUGCUACGUGUGCCACAACAUCGUCUUACAGGGCCAAAUCUGUGAAAACCUCGAGUGUGGAAUCAAGAUGCAUUAUCACUGCGUGGCCAGAUAUUUUAAAGGACGCACUGAUCCACACUGCCCUUCCUGUAGUGACUUCUGGGCUCAUGAGAUACCAGAAAUCCAGCCAGAAUCACAAAACCAGUCAUCUGCAAGAGAGCUGCCUGCUCCUGCACCCUCUACAUCUGCUACACGCCGCUCCAGGAGGUCGUGAUGUCGGUCAACUCACUGCAUCCUGAUAUCAGUGUUGGAAUGCAGACUUAAGGGUCAUAGUUCAGCUGGAUGCUUUUUUUUUUUUUUUAAAUAAUAGGCUCAUAUGAUGAUACAGUUAAGAAGAACAGAGAAAAAUGCACUUGGAAUGAACAAUCCGAGUUUGCUGCACUAUAGAAUCCUGAAAUGAAAAUAGAUAUCUGGAAGGUGAAAUAUACUUUGACAGAAUCUGGUGGAGAAAGUUGAGAAAUAUCCUGAGUAAAAUAUUGGAUUCUAUUAUAUGGACACCACUUGUAUUUUUCAUACGAACUACAUCCCAGACAUGGAGAACCAAAACCAUGGUGUAUAGUACUGUGGAAAAGUCUUAGGCACGUGUAAAGAAAUGCUGUCAACCAAAAAUGGCUUAAAAAGAAUUAAAUUAAAUGUUUCAACGUUAAAAAAUCCUAUAGUCAGUAAGCCAUAAUAAAUGAAACAAAGUCAAUAUUUGGUGUGAGACGACUGUUUGCUUUUAAAAUAAAUCGUAGUCCUCCGGUACAGUGAGUGCAGUUCGACAAGGAAAUGAGCUGUAGGUUUUACUGAGCAUCUUCCAGAACCAGCCACAGUUCUUCUGGACACUCUCCUUCAUUUUGCACCAAAACCCAGCAGCCUUCAUUAUGUUUUCUUUUGUAAUCUGAAAAGUGCUCUCUUAUGGAAUAUGCUGCUCAGAUACAAACAUCUCAUCUCAUUAUCUCUAGCCGCUUUAUCCUGUUCUACAGGGUCGCAGGCGAGCUGGAGCCUAUCCCAGCUGACUACGGGCGAAAGGCGGGGUACACCCUGGACAAGUCGCCAGGUCAUCACAGGGCUGACACAUAGACACAGACAACCAUUCACACUCACAUUCACACCUACGGUCAAUUUAGAGCCACCAGUUAACCUAACCUGCAUGUCUUUGGACUGUGGUGGAAACCGGAGCACCUGGAGGAAACCCACGCGGACACGGGGAGAACAUGCAAACUCCACACAGAAAGGCCCUCGCCGGCCAUGGGGCUCGAACCCAGGACCUUCUUGCUGUGAGGCGACAGCGCUAACCACUACACCACCGUGCCGCCAGAUACAAACAUUUGGACUCUAAAAUGUUGUCGUACUGACUCAGUAAUGUAGAAGUCAUAAAACAGAAAUCUAUAACAAAGUUUGUAUGGAGAAAAAAAAAUAGGGUGCUGAAGACUUUUGCACAGUACUGUGUGUGUGUGAGAGAGAGAUGUCACUCAUGAGGAAAUCGAUGAAUUUUGAUAAAUUUGGGUACUUUUUGUGUGUCUAAUAUAAUAAAAAGAAAAUCACACAUUGGGUUGAAGAUAUCUUCUCGUGUUUUUCAUGAGAAAUACAUCGCAGAUCUGAGUGACACAUUUCCCAAUAUUUCACUCUGAUGAAGUCACUCCCAGUGUUUUCCUGCUGACUAGAUGUGCGUUGUCAAAAUGGUGAACCGGUUCAAAAUUAAAAUUCUUUUGAUUAACUUGCA